GCGGAUCUACCCCGAUUUAUCCCGACGGCCACGCCACCCCACCUCUCCUCCGCCGCCUUCCACCCUCUCUCUCGAGAGCCCAGAUCCAAAUCCGAGCGAGCCGAUGAAUUUCUUCAGCUCCGUCCUCUCCGCCGCCGGCGUCGGCGGCGACGAGCACGAGGAGGAGCGGGGAGAGGGGGAGGAAGCCGCGGCGGAGCAGGGGGAGGAGGGGGAGGCGGAGUCCGGCGGCGGGUGGAGCUUCGGUGGGCUGAUCAAGACGUUGGCGGAGGAGAUCGAUGUGCGGCCGCGCGACGAGCAGGAGGCGGAGGAGGGCGGGGAGGAGGUGGCGGAGGGGAAGGGGGAGGUCGAGGAGGAGGCUGAUGCGGGCGGCGGGUGGAUCUUCGGCGGGCUGAUCAAGACGUUGGCGGAGGAGAUAGAGGAGCAGCGGAAGGUGAACAGCCAGCUGGAAGCCGAGGAGGAGGCGGCGGCUGCUGCUGCUGCGGCUGCCGCGGCGGCGGCGGAAGAGGAGGGAGGGGAAACCGCGGGUUCGGGCGACGGCGGGGAGUGGAGCUUCGGGGGCCUGAUCCAGACGUUCGCGACGCGGUCGGAGUCGGUGCUCGAGGGCUACCGCCGCGACAUCCAGGACCUCGGCUCGGGCCUCCGCCUCGAGACGGCAACCCUCCGCGCCGCCGCCGCACGGGCCGCCGCGGCGUUCCCCGGCGCGCUCGAGGCCGGCGCGUCCGCCGCCUCCAACAGGCUCGAGUCCGUCGGCCAGGCAGUCGACGACCUCGGCGCCGCCGCCGCCGUCCUCCUCUCCCACGCCAACGAGGCCCUCCGAUCCGUCGACGCCGACGGCGAGGAUGGCGCCGGUGACGGCUCCUCCCAUCCCUCCGACUCCGCCUCCGCCUCCGGCGCCUCCUGGCGCGCGUCAUUGCCGUCCAAGAAGUACACCCGUUUCGAGGCGCAGGUGCUCGCGCUGCGCGCCGACCCUGCCACCUUCACCGAGGAGCCGGAGGAUGCCGAUGGGUUCGCUAAGUGGCGGGAUGCGUUCAGAAUCGAUGAGAGGAAAGAGGAGAUCGAGGGGGUGCUGAAGGAGAGCCCCGGGCUGGAGAGCUUCGUAGAGAGGCUUGUGCCAUCGGUGGUAGACUAUGACAUGUUCUGGUGCCGGUAUUUCUUCGCCGUCGAUAAGCUCAGACAAGCCGAGGAUGUCCGCACCAAGCUUGUGACCAGGGCAAUGUCAAAGGAGGAUGAGGAAGAGCUCAGCUGGGAUGUCGAUGAUGAUGAUGAGGAUGACGACAAUGGUGAUCACAAGGAAGGUGCCAACACCGUAGUGAAUAAGAAAGAAGAGCAAAUUGAGGAGCCUGUUAGCCACAAAACAGAGGAUGAUAAACAAGGAGCGGAUACACCUGAUGUUUCAGAGGACAAGAAGACUACUCUGGCAGCUGAGAAGGAUGGCAAUGGCGAAUCCAAGGAUGAAGUAGCAGCACCAAAGUCGAGCAAUGACAUGGGGCGAGAAGAGAAAAUCGACUCGUCUAAGGAGAGUGAAUUCUCAGCGGCAUCUCCUCCAUCUGCACAGGAGGAAGAUCUUAGCUGGGAGGAGAUCGAAGAUGUUGGUGAUGAAGAUGAGAAGAAAAAACCGAUUCCACGGUCAAGCCCUCCUAGCAAAGCUGAGGAUAUCAGAAAACGAUUUAGUUCUGUCGAAGAUGAUGAAGAGCUGAGUUGGGAUAUUGAUGAGUGAAAAAACCUCUGCAUCACUUAAUUUAGUGGUCUGAAAGUUGUCAGCUUAAAAUGUUAUCACACUUUUUUCCACUUUGGUGUCAAUUGGGAUUUCCACAGUGCUGGUUGACAUAUGAUGUGAAUAUUGGAUGGUCACUAGUCAUUCAAAUUCAAUGGGGUUGUUUGUUUGAUUACUGCCCCUGUAAAAUUUUCAAUAGAAUGGUAGGGUUCUUCUGUUAUGAACUUACGAUUGGUAAUUUGAUUUCACAUAGUGCCUACUUUUCUUCUUGAA